GGAUAGCACAGGGCAGGUAGAGGCUCACAUGAGGCUUGAACCUGCGAGCCGACCAGCUUAUGACGUUUUAAUUAUAGAAAGCGACCUGAUUUCAGCACCACGGCGACUUAACAGUUCCAGCCGAGUACAUUUUAAACCUCCGUUAGCGCCACUAGAGUCUCAGGCGCUGCCUCGCACCGAACGACGCUAGAGUAGCAGACCAAGCACAAGCAAGUAAAACGGAGCUGUCCACUAUUUAUUAUAGGUCGGUCUUAAAUAGCCUAGUUAAAUUUAACUUGAAGACAACAAGAAAAUUACCAGGAGCUUAUGUCCUGUGGGGGAACAUAAAUUGGUCACAACUAUUUGUUUAAGGAUGGCGUCAAAGUGGUUGGGAAUUUUCUUCUUCAUCCAGAUUUUCGUUCUAACUAUAAACCACAGUUAUGCUUUUCCCAAACCUGCCGGGACCGAUGGUGAAACAAUCUACAAUAGAGAGUUGAGCGACGAAAGACCGUUACAAGAGCAGAUUGCUGAAGCAGAUAGAAUCAACAAAGCAGGAUCCUUAGAAAACAAUCAAGAAUCUGAACCAGCAGAAGCAGAAAUGGACCGGGACAAUGAUGAUUUCAGCAUGCUCAAGUCCUUGGCGGAGAGAUCAAAGGACUCCAACAAUGAGACACCCAACGCAGAGACACUUGACAUUCAGUAUCUCCCCGAUGACGCAGAUUCAACCAAGAACAGAAGGUUGGCAGAGGACUAUGACUCCACAAAGAACGGCAUGGACUACAGGUACCAAGAUGACCCAGAUAGUUUCCACCAGCUGGAUGGCACUCCACUCACAGCAGAGGACAUUGUUCAGAAGAUUGCCACCAAAAUAUAUGAGGAGGAUGACAGACGGGUGUUUGACAGGAUCGUGUCAAAACUUCUUAAGCUCGGGCUGAUUACAGAUAGCCAGGCGGACACUCUCGAGUAUGAGGUAGCUGAAGCCCUGCAGGACUUAAUUAGCAAGAAUGCCAAGAAUAACGAGAUCAAGGACCUCAGCAUGGACUACCCAAUCUCCAAAAUGGAUGACAUCGAGCAGAACCCAGACAUGAACCUGGAAGUAUCAGAAAAGGAGAGGAAGAAGUAUGAGGAAGAGGAAGGUGCUGAGGAUGGUGAUGACAUGGGGGACUCUCUGAGUGAGGUGGAGCGGCAAAACGACUUGAGUGCUGAUGAGGAGAUGGAGGAGCUAGAGUACUUCCCCAACUUCUACAACCUGCUCAAGAGCCUCGAUUCAGAGCAAGAUGCUGAAGAAAGAGAAACUUUAAUCACCAUCAUGAAGACCCUCAUUGACUUUGUGAAGAUGAUGGUGAAAUAUGGCACCAUCACACCAGAGGAAGGGGUGUCCUACCUGGAAAACCUGGAUGCCAUGAUUGCCAUUCAGACAAAGAACAAACUGGGAAAGACACUGACACCAGACAGCCAGCCCCCGACAGUAGAGAAGGUGACUGAUGAGGAGGACAACACAAAGGAGGAGGCAGCCAAGAUGCAGAGGGAGUAUGAAUCACAGACAGACUCCACCAAGGAUGACCAGACGGUCACCGAGCCUGCCCACACUGGGAAGUCUGAGACCUACUUGGAGGCCAUCAGAAAGAAUAUCGAGUGGCUCAAAACGCACAACAAGGACGGAAACAAUGGCGAUUAUGACAUUUCCAAACUGAGGGACUUCAUGGACCAGCAGGUGGACUCCUACAUUGAGAAGGGCAUUCUGGAGAAGGACGAGGGCGAGAUCAUAAAGAGGAUCUACGGCAGCCUGUAGACGUUGCUAACACAAAAGCAGCAAACCACACAUAAUUGUGUAUGUAGAGAAAAUUAAUGAAAUUAUCGAGAUAAAUAAAAUACAUCUUCCAUUCCCCCAAUGGAUGCCCCCAACACAGGCACACUGUGGCUACAAUUGAGAGAAACCAACAGUACUGUUAAAAGACACCCUGCAAAAAGCAAUACCCCGCGAACGGCAGCAAUAGGCAAAUCACUAGGCUAGAUCAGAAAUUCAUGCCACAGCAUUAUCCCAUUAACAUACAGUACUGUGCAAAAGGCUUAGGCGGCCUAAUGUUUAUUUUUUAUAUACAUAAAUUAGAUGUUCAGUAGAAAAGAACAUUUUAAACUUUAUGUAUUUCUUAUUUUAUUUUAAACCAUCUUCACUGUAUGGAAUGUUUUUUUUAAAUGUGCCUAAGACUUUUGCACAGGACUGUACAUACGGUGUACAAUGGAACACCUGACCAUUUGUUUGUCAGUGUAGCUCAGUCAGCAUCAUAAUGACCUAAAAGAUUAACCCAGAGGAACUGCAGAUUGCUCAAUUAGAGAGUAGAUGACCAACUUCAGCUUUUGAAUCUCUUACUGUGCAAUAGACUUUUACUUAAAAAGAAUAUUGAAAUGUAAUAAUUUUAACCACUUUUUAGUGAAUAAUUAAAAAUCAAUUGUUUUCUGUGAAGUGCAA